AUUCUGAAAGUUUUAAAGAUGAUCGGCGUUCUCGGCAUAUUCUACGAUCUUCCUCCCAGUAAUAGAGGAAAAUCAAUGCCAUAGUUUGCCAUAACAAACGAAAACGGCGUCAUCACUUAAGGAGAGAUGCCUUUUCGACUUCUGAAGAGAAAAGAGAAGGCAAAAAAUCCGAAGGAAAGGUUGAUCCAUGGAAAGUACACGAAGCGGGAAGAUACGACUAAAAUCUUACAAGAAAAACUGAAGAAAAGUUCUUCAUCUCCAAACCUUCCUUUUGAAUGUGAUGUAUCGAGAGAGGUCUUAUCUAAAUCCCAGAUAUCUGACUAUUGGAAAGAACAAGACACAACAGAUGAAAAUGCUGGAAUACUGAUGCUUGGAGCAGGUCAUGCUGCAAAUACUGAUGAAUAUAGUCCACCUUACCAAAGAGAUAUUUCAUCCAUGGUUGAUACUCCAGAAAGGAGUGCCGUUAAUUUAGAAAUUACUGAUUCUAUUCAAAAUAUGAACCUCAACACUGAAUAUUGCGAGAACUGUUGUAACAAUCAAAGCAUUCCUGAACCAAAUAUUCAAGACAGGAUCUAUCGCCAUCCACCCCCGUAUCAAAAUCUAAUGCAACAAGAAAAGAGAGCCAAGCCUUCAUUAGACAAAUACAGACAUCCACCUCCUUACAGAGAAACAGUACAGCUACACGAUGACAUUAAUAGUCUGUACUCUGAGAGAAUCUCUCCUGCCGAAAGAACUGAAAUCAUUAACAGGCUUAUGAGUUUCCAAACGGCUGAAUAUACUCCACAACAUUACUCUCAAUCACAACCUUGUCUGCCAACCACCUGCAUCAACAAAGGCAUAAAAGUGGACAAGGAGACAAUGACUGAUAUGUGUCCAGACAAUAAUAAUCUUGACACUUUUAUUACAAAUAUGGCUGUAUGUGGCAAUGUUAAUUACGCUGGGCUGUAUAAUAGUCAUGCUACUAUUAUGUCUGAUUCUUAUGUCUACACAUGUUCUCAUGGUAUCCCUUUUCAAGAGGAUAGUACCGUAUCACAGUGUUACCAAGAAGAUGCUUCUGUUGCUCCAGGCAAUUUAUACAGCAACAGUGGAAAUGCAUCACUGGUUUCCAGUUCUCAACAGUUUUAUAGAAGUUGUGUCUCUACUGAUUCAGAUGACCAGGAUCAGGCAUCAGGCUAUCUAGAGCUUGACCACAUCUUGCCACCAGGCUGGGAGGCCGCAGUAACCCCUGAUGGCAGGAAAUACUUUAUUGACCAUCACACAAAGACUACUGACUGGAAGCAUCCUAUACACAAAGAAGAACUUCCAGAAGGAUGGGAGAGAGCAGAAUCCCAGGAGUAUGGAGUAUAUUAUGUCAACUGCCAGAGUAACAUAGCCCAGUGUGAACAUCCAUUACAAAGUCAAUAUAUUCAACGAUACAAACAACCACAACAUGUUGGUCAACAACCUGAACAGAAUCAAGUAUAUGACGAAGUACGGCAGGAACCAAUAGAACACAUUUCAAAGGUGUCAUUUGGUGGAGAAAUACCACAAUGGCUUAUGACAUAUGCACAAGCAUCCCCUGAAUAUGACUGUUUCCUGAAGUGGGAACUCUUCCGGUACAGUGAGUUAGACUGUUGGCAGACGAUGUUAAAGAGAUUGUACAAGAAAGAAGUUGAACAAAUUGUCAUGAGGUACGAAGAAUACAGUCAGGCCCUACAAAGAGAGAUAGAAAGAAGACAACAACAACAAAAGAGACUCAGCUCACAAGCUCUUGCCGACAUGGACAGAGAAAGUGAUGUAUAGAAAAGAACAAUGACUAAAAUGUUUAUGUAAUACAAAGUAUUUAAACCAAUUUACUAGGGAGGAAAAAAAACUGAAAAAGUGUAAUUUAUAAACUUGUGUAAGAGAAUAAGAUGUAUUAUUGAUAUUUUAGAGGCGAAGUCUUUUAUAUUAUGCGCAUAGAUAUGUUGUAUUGGUAUCAUGAGGAAACCAGUCAUAUAUUAAAAAAACUCACGUUUACAAGGAUCGAAACUGCGACUUCACUAACCUGUCACAAAAUACACCCAGGAAAAACCACCGGCUUUCGAAAUAAAUGAGUGACCCUUAGAUCCAAUACAUCCAUCUGGAGACUUAUUUAACACUAAGUAUCGAAAGUAGAGCAAACAUUAAACGAAAGCCUUAAUUUCAUUUUAGAAAAAUAAGCUUUAAUAAAAAAAUAUAUCAAAAACAAGGUUUCGAUUAAGAUGGAUCGUGCACUCGUGAUCACACAAGACUUUACACUAAGUCACUAUCGUUAAUGACCUGUAGCGUUAUAAAAAGAACUGAUCAUUUGUGAUUAACAUGAACUGAUUUGACA